CUGCGCGCUGCCGACAGCCUUAUAAAUAGUCGCCUUUGCGGGCGGCCGGCGAGGACGGGCAGGGCACCACUGGCCCCGGCGCCCGCCGCACCCCUCCCCCAGAACGCUGACUCGGCUCCCCGGACCUCAGCAGGAUGGAAGAGAAGCUGAAGAAAACCAAGAUCAUCUUUGUGGUGGGAGGGCCCGGCUCGGGGAAGGGCACCCAGUGUGAGAAGAUUGUCCAGAAGUACGGCUACACCCACCUCUCCACCGGGGACCUCCUGCGGGCCGAGGUCAGCUCGGGCUCGGCCCGGGGCAAGAAGCUGUCGGAAAUCAUGGAGAAGGGGCAGCUGGUGCCACUGGAGACAGUGUUGGACAUGCUCCGAGAUGCCAUGGUGGCCAAGGUCGAUACCUCCAAAGGCUUCCUGAUCGAUGGCUACCCUCGGGAGGUACAGCAGGGAGAGGAGUUUGAACAGAGGAUUGGACAGCCCACGCUGCUGCUGUAUGUGGACGCAGGCCCUGAGACCAUGACCCAGCGGCUCCUGAAGCGCGGAGAGACCAGCGGGCGCGUGGACGACAAUGAGGAGACCAUCAAGAAGCGACUAGAAACCUACUACAAGGCCACGGAACCCGUCAUCGCCUUCUAUGAGAAACGUGGCAUCGUCCGCAAGGUCAAUGCCGAAGGCUCCGUGGACAGUGUCUUCUCCCAAGUCUGCACCCACCUGGACGCCCUCAAGUAGCAGCACUGGAGCCCCUUCCCCGGCUGAGCCCCGCCCCACCCCUGUGCUGACUUGAGGCUGUCCUGGCCUGAGCUCAGCGCCUCCACCCUGCCCGGCUGGAGCACAGACAGAGGAAGCCACUUUAUCCUGUUUUCAUGGACAGCCAGCACUAAAGGAAUUUCCAAGGACA